AUGUAUAUUCGAGCCGUACAUGCAGAAUCAAGCCUUGUGGUUCUGAGGCAGCUAAUCCGAGACAACCCCCUCGGACUGUUGACCACUGCAAUCCAGUCCAAGGAGCACCCGCUUCUUCAAUCCAGUCACAUUCCGUUCGUCAUCGAUGUCGACGAUGAAUCGAGCGAGACAGAGACUGGCCGUCUUCGUGGCCAUCUCGCCAGAAUGAACCCCCACAGCAAGGCCAUGAUCGAAGAAUUGUCGUCCCACCCCGAGAAAGGGAGUGUGUUAGAACAAGAUGUCCUUGUCAUCUUCACGGCGCAGCACCACUAUGUCACGCCCAAGUUCUACACUGAAACGAAGCCUGCCACGGGCAAGGUUGUGCCGACAUGGAACUACGCCGCCGCCCAAGUCUACGGCCGCGCUCGCAUCUACUUCGACUCCAAGUCUGACGAGACCUCUGCGUUUCUCCAGAAGCAAAUAACCGACCUCACUCGCCAUUCCGAGACGAGCGUCAUGGGAUACGUCGGCGGCGAGCACCCGACGGACUGGAAGGUUACAGACGCUCCCGACAAGUACAUCGAGCUGUUGAGGAAGAGCAUCAUCGGCAUCGAGAUUGACAUUGACCGGUUGGAGGGCAAGUUCAAGAUGAGCCAGGAGAUGGGCAAGGGUGACAGAGAAGGGGUUGCAAGCGGUUUCGGGAUGCUUCAGAGCGAUGUGGCCCAGCAGAUUGGCUGCAUAGUCAAGCAGCGUAGUGACGAGAAGGACCAAUAG